CUUCUCUUCUAUCAUCAUUCCCCUUCUCACUUCUCACCCACCACAACUAUCACAACUCCAACAAAAAAUUAAAUAAAAAACCGCUAUCUUAUAACACUCACUCUCUCUCUCUCUCUCUCUCUCUCUCUCUCUAACUUCGCUUUCUCUCUCCUCGCCGUGAUGAAGAAACUCAUUCGCCGCCUCUCGCGCGUGGCCGACUCAUCGCAGUACACGCUCCUUCGCUCCGACUCUCAGCGCCGCCGCCGCCGCACGGAUCGCCGCCGCUCUUCCGCGGUGGUGCCCGUCGGACACGUCCCGAUCUACGUCGGCGACGAGAUGGAGCGGUUCGUCGUGUGCGCCGAGCUUCUCAACCAUCCGGUAUUCGUGAAGCUCUUGAACCAGUCGGCGCAAGAAUACGGUUAUGAGCAGCAAGGCGUGCUCCGGUUACCGUGCCAUGUCUUCGUCUUCGAGCGCGUUCUCGAAGCGCUUCGACUCGGCCUCGACACGCGCGACAUAAUCGACCUCGUAAAUUUUUCGCCGGAGGAGUUUUCCUAGAAAAAAACGAAGAGAAAGAAAAAUUUUCCGAGAAAGUUAGGGAAUCGCGAACGUGUAUACGGUAAAUUAGCGAGAUCUUUUGGUAAUUUUGUUUCUCUGUAAAUAUACAUUAGGAUCUUGAAAAAAAAAGGAGCAGCACAGAAAUGUUAGAUUUUUUUGGGUUUUUUUUUGGUAUCUUGUUCUUCUGGUUGUUGUUGUUGUUUCACUGUAAAGGCGAAGAUAUUAUUACUCUGUUGUUUGCGACCGAAGAAUGGGAAUCGCUUUGUCCUUUUUGGUAAUGAAUUUUCCAUUCCUUUCUUUCUUGGUCAGUUUCUUGGGAAACAAACGGAAAAGGAGCAGAACGGAAAGA